CCGUCAUUAAAAAAUCACCCGGGAACGCUUCUCCUAGCUAGCUUCGCGCGAAGGAUUUCUCGUCACUAAAAAUACCAUUCAGACUCUUUAACGACGGUCAACUUUUAGCGACGGUCGGCUGCUAAUCGAUUAUCUCAUUUUAACUAAGCUGUUGCAGUUCUCAGGUCUUCCAAAAUCCAUUUUUCAGAUAUAUAUGAAUUUUGAAUUUUCCUUUUUGUAUAUAAUUUGACUAUGUUCAUGCACAUUAGUGAUUAAUGAGCGGUUUAUCAUCACCUUGAUGAUAAUUACAUGGACUAACCUAAUUAAGUUUAUUCUAUGAACGUGAAAGCUGUGGUGAUUAAUGAGGAGUUACAGUAUAAUACAAGGAGCAGUGCUGGUGCUUCCAUUGAUUCUCCUCUACAAGCUGUGGUCUGGAAGGAGAAUUUCUUCCAACGAUGAAACUAACAAUGGCGGCAUGGCCGCAUUUCCUGCUGCAUCCGACGACUUUCCAGGUUCUUCUAAUUCACUGCCCCUUCACUCGGCGGAGUUCGACUCUAACGAUUCUUCGGUCCUUCCUUCUGUGGAGUACGAGGUGUUUUUGAGCUUUAGAGGUCCAGACACUCGUCAUCAGAUUACCGAUACUCUAUUUCGUUUCCUUGUUCACUUGAAAAUCCACACGUUUAAGGACGACGAUGAGCUUCGCAAGGGGGAAGGAAUAUGGCCUUCCCUUGUUAAGGCUAUUGGCCAGUCCAAAAUUUAUGUUCCGAUAUUAUCAAAGAGUUACGCUCAUAGCAAAUGGUGUCUUAAGGAGCUUGUCGAGAUUGUUGAAAAUAUGAGACAGGACAAAAGGCGCAUCAUACUUCCGAUUUUCUACAUGGUUGACCCGAGAGAUGUACGACGUCAAUCUGGACCUUAUCAAGAUGCGUUUCGAGAACACGAGAAGAACUUCGAUCAAAUGACCAUACAAAAUUGGAGAGCGGCUCUAAACAUGGUUGGAACAUUGAAAGGAUGGCACGUCAAGGAUACUGACGGGCAAAGUAAAUAUGCAGAUCUUAUUUCAGAUAGUAUAUGGUCACACCUACGAAGGUUUUAUUACACAGUAGAAACAGGUGAUUUGGUUGCCAUUGAUGGCCACAUAGAAGAGGUAGUGAAAAGACUAAGUUUAGACUCUAAAGACGUGACAAUGGUUGGACUUUAUGGCAUUGGUGGGAUUGGCAAGACCACUCUUGCAAAAGCUGUCUACAACAAAAUAUUACACCGCUUUGAUCGUUGUAGUUUCGUCGAAAAUAUACGAGAAACACAACAACAAAAUGAUGGUAUUUUGAAAAUACAAAAGAAGAUCAUAGAAGAUGUUUUGAGAAAGGAGGAGUCUGUUGUUGAUGUUAGUAAAGGAAGGAGAAUUAUAACAGAUAGAGUUUCUCAAUUCAAAGUCCUUAUCGUUCUUGAUGAUGUUGAUGAAAAGUUUAAAUUGGACGAAAUCUUGGGGAACCCUCUGGGCUUUGUUUCAGGAAGUAGAUUCAUCGUGACUUCAAGAAACUGCAAACUUUUAAGUACAUUGAAUGAAGACAGAUGCAAAUUGUAUGAGGUUCAAGCACUGAGUCCUUCCCACUCGCUUCAACUCUUCAGCAAGCACGCAUUCAAGAAGGAUUCUCCCCCACCAGAAUAUGAAAUGUUAUCGAACGACAUUGUAUCCACCAUGGGUGGACUUCCACUGACUCUCGAGGUUGUAGGAUCGCUUUUGCACCGAGAAGAAAAACCGAUUUGGGAGGCAAAAUUGAAGCAGUUAAGGGAAGUACCGGAGAGAGAUGUCUUAGAAAGACUAAAAAUAAGUUAUGAUGCAUUGGAAUAUGAGGCAAAAGAGAUAUUUCUGGAUAUCGCUUGUCUCUAUAUUGGAAAAAAGAAGGAAAAGCCUUUUUACUUGUGGAAUGAUGGCAACUUCAACCCAAUCAUUAAUAUUAAUCUUCUUAUUCAGAGGUCGAUGGUUAAAAUUGAUAAGGAUGAUUUUCGAUUUCAAAUGCAUGAUCAAUUGAGAGAUAUGGGCAGAGAAAUCGUCCGCAGAGAAAAUAUCGAAUAUCCAUGGAUGAGGAGUAGAAUAUUUACGAACGAAACAGCUAAGGAGUUAUUACUUGAAAAGAAGGGAACAGAACAAGUUAAAGCCAUUAAGGUAAAAUCAGAGGCAUGGGAGCAUCUUCAGUUGGGAAGUGAAUAUUUUGUGAACUUAUCAAGGUUGAGAUAUUUCAAAGCAAAUAAUAUAAAGUUGAAGGGAGACUUUGAUAAUCUUCUUCCCAAUUUAAAAUGGCUUGCAUUGAGACACCAUGAAAGUUCGGAGGGUGAUGAUCAUCUCAUCAAUUUACAUAUGAAAAAUCUGAUUAUUCUCGAUCUCCGUGAAAGCGAGGUCAGCAACGAAUGGGGAGGCUGGACUCAUUUGAAGAUGGCGAACAAGCUGAAAAUUUUGAAUCUAUCCUCGUGUCUUGCACUGACAAGACUUCCCAAGCUACCAGAAUCUGGAAGUCUAGAGGUGUUAGAUCUAAGUUUGUUCAAUCGGGACCAGUCAACGUGGGAAGAUGAGCUGGAUAUUGGCAAGCUGAAGAACCUAAAGGCGCUCCGAUUUCCCUUUGCUUGUAUAAAAAAGAUAACCGGCGGAACCAUUGGAACGGUCAUGAAGGGUCUUCGAGAGCUCGAUGUCGAAAUGUGCCAGUGCGAGAACCUGGUACAUUUUCUUGUCGAUGUCGAGGAAUUGCAGUCCCUUCGAAUCUUGCGAACGAGCUCAGCUACUAGGAUGCAAGGAACUCACCAACAGUUGCUGACGACGAAGCCCAGCUCGAGUCAUUUGAAGGUGCUAACCACUUCGUGUCCGAUCGUCGAUCUCUCGCAGCUGAUGGAACUGGAAGAGUUAGGCGUCGAGUACUGUGAUUACGGGCUCGAGAUCCCGGCUUCAGCAGCAGGCGGCCACAGCGAGCCGUGGUGGAAGACAUCCAAGUUGAAGACUCUGCGGCUCUACGGAGCUUCCAGAAUGUGGUGCAGUAGUAGUGGUAACAACAAUCCUAGUAGCAACUGCAGACUUCCAUCAGCUCUAACCAAGCUCUACAUUGGAUUCUGCUUCGAACUGGAGUGGGUGCCGAGUCUCGAGAACCUCGAGAAUCUGGUCGAGUUAAUCCUCGACACCUGUCCCAUGCCCCGGGAGAUUCAAGGGCUUGGUGGCCUGAAAUCGCUACAAACUCUCCGAAUAUUCAAUGUUGGCAAUUUACGCCAUCUUGAUGGCCUGACUAGUGACGACCAUCCGUCGUCUCUGACUUUUUUUCGACUGGAAUGUUGUGGCGCGUUGGAGAGGCUGCCUAGCUUCAGCCAUCUCAGGGAAGUGUUCACCUUACACGUUAUUGAAUGCCCACGUCUCACUGACAUCCCGUCGUUGGGAUGUUUGUUAUCUUGUACUAACAAGUUGCAGGAGCUGUACAUACAAGACUGCCCUCGUCUUGCAGCCUUAUCAUUAACCACAUCAUCAGUAGCCACCGAGUCGUCAUCUUCCUUACAACGCCUGGUCAUAACCGGUUGCACAUCCCUGCUGCAGGAAGGAAAACGACCAGUUCAGAUCCCCCAUUUGUCCAAAUUCCCCAAGCUUACGAUCUUGUACCUUGAAGACAUGAGACUCAAUAUUGGUGAGCAGCAUGUGGCCCUGGAAGGGCUCGAGUGUUUGACCGAGCUGGUUCAGUUGAGGCUGGGGAACUUGCAGCCAGCGGUAGAGAGACUGCCGUCAUUUUCAAACCUAGGGAAGUUGCAUAGUUUGGAAAUCGCGGAUAUGCCAAGCUUGAGGGAGAUUGAGGGCUUUGGCAGCCUCAGGUCUCUGGCCAUAUUACAGCUGACGGAUUGCACGUCGUUGGAAAGGAUUGAUUUGUCCGGUUUGGUGGCUUUGGAGGUACUUAAUAUCAGUCGAUGCCCGAAAUUACAGACGGCGGUGUCUUCGCUCCCAAAUAUGGAGAAGUUGGGUAGUUUGGAGAUCACGGACAUGCCUGGUUUGAGGGAGAUCGAGGGCCUCGCAAAUUUGAAGUCUUUGCAAAGACUGGAUUUGAGAGGAUGCACAUCACUAGAAAGGUUACCUCUUUUGGAGCAGCUCACGGAGUUGGGUAUGGUAAAUGUUGAAGGAUGCACCAACUUGGCUGAUCGUUCUGCUAUCAUCGGUAAGUUACCAGCUGGAGCGAUGAUAUAUCAGUAGGUGCCCAGCUGCAUGUGGAAGUCUACCAGCCUUAUUCCAUAGCAGUGCCUUG